AUGCGCACCGCACUCGCUCUCACCGCCGGCCUCGGUCUGGCGGUCCCCCUCGUGCAGGGCCGGGCCGUGGUGACGCGGGCCGACAUUGAGGACUGCCUCACGUCGGCGGGCGUGCCCAUCGACGUCAAGGGGUCGGCCGACUGGCAGCGCGACGCCGCGCCCUUCAACCUGCGCGUGCCCUUCACGCCCGUCGCCAUCUCGGUGCCCACCACGGUCAAGCACAUCCAGAAGUCGGUGCUGUGCGGCAAGAAGCUCGGCGUCAAGGUCACGGCCAAGAGCGGCGGCCACAGCUACGCCUCGCUCGGCUUCGGCGGCGAGGACGGCCACCUCGUCGUCGAGCUCGACCGCAUGACCAACGUCACCGUCGACGCCGAGAACAUCGCCACCGUCCAGCCCGGCACCCGCCUCGGCCACCUGGCCACGGAGCUGUACACCAAGUACGGCCGGGCCGUUGCCCACGGGACCUGCCCCGGCGUCGGUAUCUCGGGCCACUUCCUGCACGGCGGGUUCGGCUUCAGCUCGCACAAGCACGGGCUGGCGGUGGACCAGGUGGUGGGCGCGACGGUGGUGCUGGCCGACGGCAGCGUGGUGGAGGCGUCGGAGAAGGAGAACGCCGACCUAUUCUGGGGGCUACGGGGCGCGGGAUCCAACUUCGGCAUCGUGGCGUCGUGGCGGCUGCGGACGUUCGAGGCGCCCAAGACGCUGACGUGGUUCGGCGUCAGCCUGGGCUGGAACAGCUCGACGGCCGUGGCCGGGCUUGAGGCCCUCGAGUGCUACGCCCGCAACGUCAUGCCGGCCGAGCUCAACUUCCGCGUUUCGGAUUAUGAGCGCGGCAAGCCCGGCAUCGAGGGCCUGUUCUACGGCACCGACGCCGAGAUGCGCGCUGCCAUUGCGCCGCUGCUUGCCUCGGCCGCGCCCCUCGCCAACGUCACCGACUCGCACACGGUCGACUGGUUGGGUGCUGCCGUGCACUACUCCUUCUACGACACCAUCGACUGGCUGACGCCGAGCCCUCAAGAGACCUUCUACUCCAAGAGCCUGACGCUCAAGGGGCUGAGCGGCAAGUCGGCGCAGAACUUUGUCGACUACUGGUUCAACAACGCGACGCAGGUCACGGAGCGCAACUGGUGGUUCCAGCUGGACAUGCACGGGGGCGCCAACUCGGCCGUCACGCAGCUCACCAGCAGCAGCGCCACGUCGUACGCGCACCGCGACAAGCUGUACAUCAUCCAGUUCUACGACCGCGUCUCCGAGGGCGUGUACCCCACGGGCGGCCAGAGCUUUCUCGACGGCUGGGUCGACGCCGUCACUAAGCCGCUCAAGGCCGACAGCUGGGGCAUGUACAUCAACUAUGCCGACACGCAGCUCGACCGCGCCACGGCCCAGCGCGUGUACUACGGUGAUAACCUGCCGCGCCUGCAGCAGCUCAAGGCCAAGUACGACCCGUCGGAGCUGUUCUACUACCCGCAGUCGGUGCAGCCGGCCAAGAAGCGUCACCACUGA